GAAGCAUUGCUUUGCAGCAAGUGAUUAUUCAGCAAAUAGUAAUACUCUAAUACUAGACUCACAGACACAGCUGCCCCUUACUCUACACGCACACACUCUCUCUCUAACACACACAAUAAUGGCGGCUUUAAGAGGAAUAUCCCACAACCUAUACACACAUAUCUCACACCCCAACCCUCAACUGCUAUUCUUCUUCAGAGGAUUCUCUUCUAAGCUUUUCGUCAAAGAUAUAUCUUUCUCCACCACAGAAGAGACAUUGGCUGAAGCCUUUUCAAAAUUUGGUGAAGUUACUGAAGCUAAAAUAAUAAGGGAUAAAGUCAGAAACAGAUCAAAAGGUUACGGGUAUGUGAGUUUUGCUAAAGAGGAUGAAGCCAAGAGGGCCUUGACGGACAUGAAUGGGAAGUUUCUAGAUGGGCGUGCCAUUUUUGUAGACCCUGCAAGGCCAAGUAGACAUUUUGAUUCUGCUAUGCGAGUAGCAAGAGGACCCCCAGAGCCAGCAGGUGAUAGCUGAUAUUAACUUUCAAGUCUUCUUGAUAUACAUGCACUAAUGUUGGAAAGACUAGCACACGAAUGGUCAGAUAUUUUAUGUGUAGCUUGUUUAAUUCUAUUGCUUUAGUAAACUUUUGAUCUCUCCGUGCCUAUGGAACUUCUGGACGUCACUUUUAGAACCAACUCUUUCCAUUAAGUCCAUAGCAUUUAAUGGCAAUUUAUCCUUUUCAAUGGGAUUUAACUAUUUAUACAAAUUGCUGCAAAGCAUUUAACUA